UGACUUCUUGAGGUCUCAUGAAGGCCUGACACUAGCUUUAUGAUACUUUUGCUUUUCUAAACAGUAAUAAAAAUCUCAACAUUCAAGAACUUCACUUUGUCAGAAAAUGUAGGGCCAUCGGAAGCUAAAACUUCGUAAAAUCGCACUCCUGGUCCUUUUUUCAGUGCAGUACUCUACGUCACUCGUUCAAAUUUGCACCGCUCUUAUGGUAGUCGGUAUUUGCUAGUAUUACUGUUCUCCCAUCCAUUCUGGUAGUCAAACGGUGGGAUAGCAAAAUUCUUACAAGUUUCCUAUCUCAUGCCUCCACGCGAUUCUAAGUCUAUUGAUGACAUUUGGUCCUUAGACCGCAGAAUGAGAGGGUGCGAACAGAAUGAGAGGGUGCGAACAGAUCUAGUCGAGAAAACAUUGCCGUAAAAAUGAAUAGUUGAUCGGAAAUUAGCCCCAAUACGACUAAUCUGACUAGUAUCUAUGAACACGGCUCAAUACGUAUUGAAAAUUCGCCGCGUCUGUUUUUAUGAACCUAAUUUAAAGCUCCGUUAUUGCUAACAAGCCCGUGCAUCAGAUUAACAAUCCUUUAUAUUUCCCUUCAGUGUUCGGUAUUAUCGCUCGUAUACUUGUAUUCCACAAACAAUCCGAUAUGGAAAAUAAGAAAUACUUUCCUUGAUUUAUAACAUCUCGCGCUAUUUUUGCCAGUAUAAUAUGCUGUCACUUGGUAGUUUUCAAGCCAAUAAAUAUAUCGUAGAGAAGAAGUAGCGAGUUCUGUCCAAAUACUGUUGCAAUAAAUAGUGAUCCGGCCCAUUACGCAGAUAAGAUUAGCUUUUCCAGGCAAUACUCCCACGAUCGGCUGUGUGGAGUUCAAAUUGUUUUUGUUUAGGGAACAUAGUAUACUCUCGGUAGCCGGCUGCCCAGAGUUUAAAAAUAACCAAAAACUAAACAAGAUCAUCUCUUUUUCGAGUGAUCGUGCACUCGAAGACUAACUAAACAACUACCUAAUAAAAUAUGCUUUACAGGUCGCAUCGUUUGCUUGGAGCGAAUCCUAGACCUGAUACUCUUCCAAACCACCAACUCCGCGACACCUAUGGAAGAGUCUGAUGAAUCGUCGUCCUUCCGUUAAGUAGGUGGAGCAUCAACACUUCCUGUCUACCUUAUCCUUUAUCCUUCCCCGUGAACGAUGGAGAUGGGGGCGGCCGGCAAUGAUGGCUAUCAUGCUGUUGAGGUUUUAAUAUGGGUCGGAUUGGUAUGAAUUCCUACUUACCACUUCCUAAGCAACUCUUAUUAGAUAAUCAGCAGUCAAACAUGAUGAAGUCAGUGUGCAAUCCGCCAAAAUCAUCGUCACAACGCAACGCAACGCAACGCAACGAUAUACUAAUUAGUGGCGAUACCAUCGAAGAACAUUUAGAUUUAUUGUCGUCCGUUCUUAAAACGUUAAGUGACAAUUACAUAAAGCUACAAUUGGAAAAGUGCUCUUUUCUAAAGACUACCCUCGAUUAUCUCGGGUACAACAUAACCUACAACUCGAUUAGUCCUAGUGACCGUCACAUAGAUUCCGUACAAACUAUUCCGAUUCCCGUUAAUGUACAUGCACUUCACCGCUUCGUAGGGCUUGUUAGCUACUUUCGCAAAUUCAUACUGAACUUUAACAAGAUAGCGCAACCGUUGUAUGAAUUGUUGAAAAAGGAUGUCCAGUUUAAGUUUGAAGAAAAGCAUUUAGUUGCGUUUGAAGGACUAAAGGCUUGUUAGAUCAGAAAACCGGUACUCGCAUUCUAUUCGCCGUAACUCGAAACAGAAGUUCACACCGAUGCUUCCAGCGCCGGAUUUGGGGGUAUUUUGCUCCAACGCCAAGAGCAAGACAGUAAGUUUCACCCUGUUCUUUUCUACAGCCGAAAGACGAGAACCGCUGAGUCCAAGCUUCAUAGUUUCGAAUUGGAGAGACCCUUGCUGUUGUGUACACCUUACAGCGUUUCCGUAUGUAUCUGUUCGGUUUGAAAUUCAGGAUAGUCACCGAUUGUGAAGCAAUGAAGAAGACUUUGGAAAGAAAAGAUGUUAAUGCUAAGAUUUCUCGAUGAAGCCUUUACUUGAAACAGUUCGAAUAUGCAUGUAGAUGCACUGAGUCGCGUUAACAUAUUGCUUCUUGAAACCGGUGAGAACUCGGUUAAUGACUUGUUUUCUAAUACGAUCUACGUGGCGCAGCUUCAAGAUCCUAGUAUCCAGAAGAUCAAGACUGCCAUUCUGAAAGGAGAGUUGAAGGAUUACGAAGUUAGGGACAAUAUUGUUUACAAAAGGGAAAAGAGGAAUAGAUUAUUGCUUUAUGUGCCAGAAUGCAUGGAAUCGUCUGUGAUAUUUCGUUAUCAUAACAGCAUGGAACAUUUUGGUGCGGAUAAGGUUUGUUCACAAAUUCAGCGUAUGUUUUGGUUCCCUGUAAUGAAGAAAAAAGUUUUGCAUCAUGGAAAGAUGUGCAUUACUUGUUGAUUGAUUGAUUUUAUUGAAGCGGGUUUUAACCAUAUAGGUCAUUCACCCGUUGCAUUACUUGUGUCGCCUUUAACCCGCGAGACAAACAGUAUGACGGAUAUUUACAGAAUAUUGAAAAGGGCAAUAUUCCAUUUGAUACCAUUCACGUCGAUCAUUUAGGUCCACUGGAAAGUACAAAACGUAAAAACAUUCACAUUUUCGCAGUUAUAGACGGCUUCAGUAAAAUUAUUAAGCUCUUCGCUACUCGUACCACUAAGACUUGUGAGGUCAUCAAAGCGCUUCGUUCGUAUAUUAUUAAUUACUCGAAGCCGAGGAGAAUAAUAACAGAUCGUGGAACAGCUUUCACUUCAAAAGAGUGUGAGACAUUUUGUUCUAUUGAAGGUAUAGUACAUGUAUUGAUAGCUACCGGUUGCCCUAAAGCAAAUGGACAGAUAGAGCGUUACAACAGGGUACUAGUUCCGUUAUUAGCAAAGCUAGUUGAAGAGAGGAAAAUGUGUUGGGAUGAUGUCUUGUUUGAGGCAGAGUAUCAUUUAAAUAAUUCGUUCAACAGAUCGAUCGAUAACAGUCCAGCAGUCUUGUUAUUUGGUGUCAAACAAAGGUUACACCCAAAGUCAGAUAUCGAGCGUUUUCUGGAAGGUAUUAACACAAACGUUGAUCGUAACCUCGAGAAAAUUAGGAACGAAGCGGAGGAAAAGAUCAAACAGUUGCAGAAGUACAACAAAUUAAAGUACGAUGAAAAAUGCAAGCGUAACACGGUGUAUCAAGAAGGUGAUUUAGUUGUUAUUAGGGCGGUAAAAGUGCCAGGAGAAAAUAGCAAGCUUAAAGCCAAGUAUAGGGGGCCGUAUCAGAUACGAGGGGUUCUCGACAACAACAGAUACAUUGUGUCGGAUUUGGACGGAUAUCAGAUGACGAGCACGCACUUUGAUGGUACGUUUGGCCCUCUUAAUCUAAGGCUGUACCGCCAGGCAGUUAAUCGUGAAGAACCCGUUUCUUUCGCGUCGAGUUGUUCAUCGGACGAAUCAGACUUUUGCGGAUUUCCCUAAGAAUAGUAAUGAUGCUUUGCUAUUGCCAUUUGUGCGUUUCAAAUCAAUGUUCGUAAUAUGUUGAUAUCCUAUUCCUAUCAAUGAAUUCAAAUGAUUCGUGCAUAUUUUGCAUUCAACUCUGUCAAUAGUCAUGGGGUAACAAAAUGAGCAUUUGGUGGACUAUCGAGGGCGAUAGUAGCAGAAUGGCCGAACUGUAGCAGUUGGAAUUUUCUUUUUUACUCGGGCCUUCAUUUCUAGAACUACACAGCUAAACCUUCACAUCAUACUUCAUAGCACACAUAUUCAGCUACACAUCUGGCACGACUAUCUUUGUUACUAUUGUCAUCAUACUCAAUACAUAAAAUAAAGAGAACACACGUAAUACACGUUUUCGGGUGUAACUGAAUUCUUUUUUUUUUUUUUGAAGAACCGCAACAAACUUCAGCCUAUCCGAUAUCUAAGGGUUCACAGUUGUAAAAUUUGAAGAACGAAAUAGAAUAAUUGUCGAUGUCGCAUACUAUGACUUCGCAUGAAAUAAUGAUUGCAAUGGACAAAUUUAAAGAAUGCAGAGUAACGACUGUAUUUCAAUGAUCCAUAAUAAUUUAUUGUUCUAUAUUUGAGAAAUUAAGCAACGGUAAAACAGUUUUUGUUUUGUUUGAGGAAAUUAAUUCUUGUUGUCGUUUCAUUGCUUUGAAGUAGAAUACUUCUAAUGUUUCAAUAUGGGGAUCCCUUUUCAAAAAUUUCUGCUGAUAUAUUUUCCCAGUCUUCAAAUGCGAUUAACUUCCGUUGUACUGUUCGAAAUCGUUAUAUUUUGCACUAUCUGAUCGGAAAUAUGUGCACGUAUAUUGUAUUUGAUCCCGUAAAAUGUGCGUCUAUUAUAGAUAACGAAAAUAAUGUAAUUUGUAAAGAUGGUAAUUAUCUGCGCUGAUUAAUCCGUACAAUUCAACCAAGCAGCGAGCGUUGUUAGGACUGCCUCUUUUUUAUCAAAUGAACUUCGCCAGGUAACGGCACAUAAGAGAAAAUUCGUCAGUUUGCUUUCUGACCUCGUAGUAGCUGCUACGUUUUAUGUCAGCUUAAACUCUUCGGUUGGAAUAUAGUCAAUGACUGCCGCCAGGCUUCAUUUCACCCAAUGAUGCACAGGCGUGGCGUGCAUACAAUGAUCAGCGCACAUCGCAGAACGCUCUUUUUUCGGAGUUCAAUAUGCGGAUUGCAAGUGUGCGCGUGCGAAGGUGUGGUUGAGUGUGAAAGACUUGGAUAUUGGAUACUGAUAUAAUGUUUCUGCCGUUGAUUUGAUAUUCGGGGCAAACUGAGAUUAAUUUUUACAUCUAUGUAUAUGCUGUUAUAAACACAGUUUAAUUGUAUAACUGCUGCAUGUAUGACGGGAUUUACAGACAUGUCGGAAUUCUACAGACUUUUGAUAGCCUCCUGCAGACAUAGCAAGAAAUCUACAGACUUUUAAAAGAGUAAUAGUAUUUAGCAAAAUUGUACUACUGUAUUCGACUACGAGUGAUUCCUUCAUUAUUAGUAUUCUAAUUUCAAUCUAUUUUUAAAUUAAUAUUGUAGUGUAACUAGGAUUUACACAACCAUCUAGAGACAUUUACAGACAUUUUAAUUAUUCUUCUGCAGACAUUUCAUAAAAAACAUAUGGCAUCGCUCCCUGGCACUACAUUCGUUGUGGGUUAUUAUCAUACGUGGCAAUUGCAGGGUUAUUGCGAAAACUCCACGCUAAGUAACCUGCUUGGUGGAGGUUUGAACAUAUUAUGUAUAGGGUAUUCGUCUUAACUCUCUAAUGCUGACAUUCCACGCGCAAAUGCCCUUCUGCUGGCUCCUAACUGUAUAGUAAGUACAAUUUACAGUAAGUCCAAAAACUAUUUGUUAUCCGAUUUGGCCCUUAAUUUACUUUAUUUGUACAUGCCAUACUUUAAAGUGGCCUAUUUCUAAAAAUAUUCAGCAAGUGAAUGCAUUUUGAUCCCACUAUACAUAUGUGUAAUGAAAUAUUCAAUAAUCAGGGCCGGUGGAUAAUAUGAGUUGUAAAGGUAGUACUAUCCAAGGUGCUUAGAGUUAUAAGGUGAUUCGUCUUUGGCAGUAACUAGGUGAGGAGUGAGGUAAGCGUGCAGCAAGCUGCGGAGUAGAAAAAUGACGGCGAACAUCUUUGUUUACAUAUUGAAAUCCAAGCAAUGGGGAUGUUGUAAACAUUGUUCUUAGCUGUCGUUUCUAGAACCAACAUGGCUGAUCGGCGAUUUCGACGAUCGUAUCACCUGAGAAUAAAAGCUCCUUGGUACUAUCCACUUGAAAAUAAUCGAGUUGGUAAUUACCCACUCGAAACUUUGGAACAAACCUAACAUUUGAAUUUUGCAACGCAUGUGUCUCGGGUGCACGUUUGAAAUUUUCAAAGUAUGAUCAGAUUCCAUUUGCACAAACGCGUCGCAAGUGAUUUAUGUGAAUGUAAUGCAAGCGUAUGUAGAGGUAGAUGGGAUAAAAUACACCCCUAAGAAAAUAUAAUCAUAACUUAGCUAAAGACCAUCAAUUGGGAGAAUUUAAUUAAUGAUAUCAUUUAGCCAACAUGUUACUCUGAAAUCACAAUAGCUUUGCAAAAUAUUCAGGAACAUGAAACAUAUUCAAUUUUUCAAAAUCAAUAUAAAUUGCUCUUUAAAAAAUGGGCACGUCAAAACAAACCUGUGCAGUGGUAAAAUGCACCACAACAACGGCGCACAAUACAUCAUAACAAAUAUCGAAAUAGCUGAUUUUAAUGCAGAAGGUAGCAAAAAUCGCAGCAUUCGAAAUAACAGCCUAUGUGUACUCUACUUCACUUCGGUUAUGUCUCUGACAUUACCUACCCAUCUUUUUUGUUUCUGUUUAGUCUUCUUUUCCGUCGCUCUUUUAGAAUCCCGCAGAUAUCAGGUACCCUAACACGAGGCGUUACUAAUGGCAUUACUGCGCAGAAAUGUCACUUUUAAUGAUCAUGUAAGGACACCUUUCAAGGUAGACAUAUUACUUUAUAUUCCAGGCUGACGUUUACUUUUACUUCUUGUAAGUACAAAAUCGCCGCGAUGAUAAGGCGUACGAUUCCGUGGCACUACAUUUUCUUUCAACGUAAGAUUUGCUUCUAUCUUGAGUUCAAAGUAUGCUCGAUGUGCUGGAAUCAUACAGAUCUACACCCAGAUGAAACCUAAAUAUACAGUUACUAUCAUUCAUAAUAAUCCACGACUUGAUGUUUUAGCUCCUUUUGGGUUUAAACUGAUCACUAAACAAGCCUUAUUGAAAAUGGUCCGAGCGUAUCUCUAGUUUUCACUUGCACCCCGCCAAUUUCUCCAGCAGUUCCGGGGACCAACAAAUUCUAAUCCAUUGCAUACAUCUAGUUAGAUUCGAUACACCGAAUCAAUUAAAUUACUAACAUCCUAUUAUGUGUUUACUCACCGAUCCGAGGGGUAAGCACUAGCAGGUUUGAG